AGGUGACUCUGAAGGUGCACGUCAGUGACUCCAGCACCCACCAGCCCAUCCCGGAUGCGCUCAUCGAGGUCUUUGCCAACCAGGUCUCCAUCGCCUCGGGGACGUCGGGCGCAGAUGGCAUCGCCUUCAUCAAGUUCCAGUAUAAGCUGGGCAGUCAGUUGAUUGUCACCACCACAAAGCAUGCCUACGUGCCUAACUCUGCGCCCUGGAGGCCCAUCCGGUUACCCGUAUUUUCUUCGCUGAGCCUUGGCCUGCUUCCAGAACGAUCUGCCACUCUAAUGGUCUACGAAGACGUUGUCCAAAUAGUAUCGGGAUUCCAAGGUGCCCGGCCACAGCCUCGCGUUCAUUUCCAAAGAAGGGCUCUGCGGUUGCCCGAGAACACUAGCUACAGCGACCUCACCGCGUUCCUCACGGCAGCCAGCUCUCCCUCAGAGGUGGACAGCUUUCCUUACUUGCGAGGAUUGGACGGAAACGGAACAGGAAACAGUACGAGGUAUGACCUGACCCCUGUCACGGCUGUCAGCGUCCACUUGCUGAGCAGUAGUGGAACCCCGGUGCUGGUGGAUGGUCCCAUCUACGUCACCGUGCCCCUCGCCACGCAGAGCAGCCUCGGGCACAAUGCCUAUGUCGCGGCGUGGCGGUUUGACCAGAAGCUGGGAACGUGGCUGAAGAGCGGUCUGGGCCUCGUGCACCAGGAGGGUGGCCAGCUCACGUGGACCUACAUCGCGCCUCAGCUGGGCUACUGGGUGGCAGCCAUGUCCCCUCCCGUCCCAGGUCCGGUCGUAACACAGGACAUCACCACGUAUCACACGGUGUUUCUUCUGGCCAUUUUGGGAGGGAUGGCCUUCAUUCUCCUGGUUUUGCUGUGUCUCCUCUUAUAUUACUGCAGGAGGAAGUGCUUGAAGCCCCGUCAGCACCACAGAAAGCUGCAGCUUCCCGCCGCAGCGCUGGAGAGCUCCAGAAGGGACCAGUCCACUUCCAUGUCACACAUCAAUUUGCUGUUCUCUCGUCGGGCUUCCGAGUUCCCUGGCCCACUGUCCGUCGCCGGCCACGGCCGCCCAGAGGCCCCAGGGGCGAAGGAGCUGAUGAGUGGGGUCCAUUUAGAAAUGAUGUCCCCCAGCGGAGAGGGGGACCUGCACACGCCCAUGCUGAAGCUCUCCUACAGCACCUCCCAAGAGUUCAGCUCCCGAGAGGAGCUGCUGUCCCACAAGGAGGAAGACAAAAGCCAAACCUCCUUCGACAACCUCACGCCGAGUGGGACGCUGGGGAAGGACUGCCGUAAGUCCGUGGAAAUCUUUCCCUUGAAGGCCAGAAAACCUAUGGAAAGAGAAGGCUACGAGUCCCCCGGCAAUGAGGACUACAGGGGUAGUUACAGCACGGUGUUCUCCCAGCCUUUAUUUGAAAAGCAGGACCGGGAAGGGCCGGCACCCACAGGAAGCAAACUCACCAUUCAGGAACACAUGUACCCCGCGCCCUCAUCUCCGGAAAAAGAACAACUGCUAGACCGCAGACCCACUGAAUGUAUGAUGUCGCGAUCGGUCGAUCACCUGGAGAGACCCACGUCGUUCCCACAGCCAGGCCAGCUGAUCUGCUGUAGCUCCGUGGACCAGGUCAAUGACAGCGUGUACAGAAAAGUGCUGCCCGCCCUGGUCAUUCCCGCCCACUACAUGAAACUCCCGGGGGACCAUUCCUACGUCAGCCAGCCUCUGGUUGUCCCGGCAGACCAGCAGCUGGAAAUCGGGAGGUUGCAGGCCGAGCUCUCCAACCCUCACGCGGGGAUCUUCCCACACCCGUCCGCCCAGAUGCAAGGCCAGCCCCUGUCCUCCCAGGCCAUCUCCCAGCAGCACCUGCAGGAGGCAGGCACUCGGGAGUGGAGCCCUCAGAACGCGUCCAUGUCAGAGUCGCUGUCCAUCCCGGCGUCCUUGAACGAUGCAGCUUUGGCUCAGAUGAACAGCGAGGUGCAGCUUCUGACCGAAAAGGCCCUGAUGGAACUCGGGGGUGGGAAACCCCUUCCACAUCCCCGGGCCUGGUUCGUCUCCCUGGACGGGAGGUCCAAUGCCCACGUUAGACAUUCCUACAUUGAUCUCCAAAGAGCUGGAAGGAACGGAAGUAACGAUGCCAGUUUGGACUCUGGUGUAGAUAUGAAUGAACCAAAAUCUGUCCGCAAGGGAAGGGGAGACCCUUUGUCUCUCCAGCAGAGCCACCCAGCUGUCCAGGAGCACCAGCAGAAGGAGCCCAGGGCCCCGGACAGCACCGCCUACACGCAGCUGGUGUACCUGGAUGACAUGGACCCGAGCGGCAGUGAGUGCGGGACCGCCGUGUGCACCCCCGAGGACAGCGCGCUGCGGUGCCUGCUGGACAGCGCGAGUCGGAGGACUGGGGGGCAGCUGCCCAGCCUGCAGGAGGAGAGCACCAGACGAAUGUCAGACGUACCCCCGGAGCCGUUAGCCAGCCCCCACCAGAGAAGAUCUGCUCACGAGGAAGACGAAGAGGACGAUGAUGAUGACGACCAAGGAGAAGACAAGAAGAGCCCCUGGCAGAAGCGGGAGGAGAGGCCCCUCAUGGCGUUCAACAUUAAAUGAGCCACUGCAGAGCCACCCAACUGUGGGACAGAAAGUUGCCAAAUACCCUGUCCUACCUGUUUGUGGGGGAGGUUGGCGGGUGACAGCUUCAGACGUGGACACUGACUGCGUUGACACUGCGGUGUCGGUGGCGGGAAGGAAUUAAAGCUGUUGCUCAGAGUAAAGGACGAUUGUGACCCAUGCUGCCCCCCGGGCGGGGGCCGGAAGAAGUGUCCGCAUGUCGUUCCGGGACUCGAUGCGCCCGCCACAGCCGGGGACGCCCCAAAACUGCACGAGACGUUCUAUGCUCCAAGGAUCACCUCAGUUCUCCUCGGGUUCUGGGAACAGAAGAAAUUCUUUCUGCAUCGCUUGAGUCCGUUUUGUCUUGGUACUUCUGGGGAGCGAGGGUGGCACUUCGUGUCCCGAGGUAGACACCGUCUCAAGGGAAAGCUAUGCAUCGCUGCUCUGUCGUCUCACUUUGCUUCGGUGUUGCUUUGGUUAGGCCUUGUUUGGAGGUUUUCUUCUUUUUAAAAGCAAAAUGCAGUUUGGUUGUAAACA